UCCCGCUGGACAAGGGCUUCUGGGGAACGAUUUUGGAUCAUGAGCUUCUCACAAUGCUUCGCUAGGUUUGGCAUAAGAGUUCUCGUUGUAAGAGAGUCCGUGUGUAGCAAGGGGACCCAUGGGGGCCUUUGGGGGUUCUUCCUUUCCACCAAACCCCUUGUCGCUAUCAAGGAUCUCAUACUCUAUCUACGAUUCCACUCCCCCUUAUUCGAUCCUGACCAUUGGACUCUUUUAUAUACUUGUAAACCCACAUGAAUAUCUUCGUCUUGCAUGUAGUAGACGGCACGCGACUCUUCACAACAAAUCAACGAUGUCGGACAUAAUACCGUAUCUCCCAAAAGACCAACAACAGGCGGCUCUCAAUGCGCCAGCCUUAGCAGCCCCGGAUGGCGUUACACCCAACUUCGACCACCCUUCAAAUAACAACGCUCUGGCCUACGGUGUCAUCGCCGCCUGCGUCGUCGUCUCGAGUCUUUGCAUGAUAAUUCGGUUCUACGCAAGAAUUUUCCUCUUCAAGAAGUUAAAGCCGGAAGAUUAUAUGAUUUUGCUCGCUUUUGGCUUCUUCAUAUUUUGGACAGUUUUCGGGCUCCGACUGACAGAACACCCUGGGUACUUUGUUCAUCAAUAUGAAAUCCGCGUUAAGGAUACGAUUCCCUACGCUUUUGAUGUCCAUUAUGCUGCUAUUGCAUAUGCGAUUACAAUUCCAUUUAUCAAGAUAGCGAUCUUGAUCGAGUGGACGCGAGUACUCGUUCCUGCCGGUACGCGAAAUGCGUUUAUGUGGUGCUGUUAUGGACUCAUGGGAUUAAAUAUCGCGCUUUUGAUCUCGAUCCCUAUCGCAUUAUCCCUCAUUUGCUUCCCGUAUGAGAAGAUUUGGGAUUUGACGCUUCCCGGGACUUGCAACAACCAGUUUCUUGUCGGUCUCGCGUCCGCUGCGAUUAACCUCUUCAUCGACGUUUGCAUGUUGGUUCUUCCUCAAAGAGUUAUCUGGAACUUGCAGUUAUCGUUGAAGAAGAAGCUUGGUGUUUCCUUUUUCUUCUCCCUUGGUAUCUUGGCUUGUAUUUCGGCUAUCUUCCGAGUAACGACGCAAGUGGCUAUUGUAUCCGAGGCGGACGCCAUAUACCAAUUCGGACCCGUGAUGUUUUGGGCUUUUGCAGAAAUUACAUGCGGUUUCAUCAUCGCAUGCAUGCCUUCUACUCCGAAGAUUUUAAAAGACCACGGCGUUCUUGACAAAAUGCGACGGGCGGCGAGAUCAUUCGUAGGGUUGAAAAACACCCACUUACGUAGUUUGAACAAGCCCACCGCGUCAUCAGUCACAACCCACACCCACACGAAUACGUACAAGAAGAUCGACGAGUAUGGCGUACCGAUGAAGGACCUCCAGCCAUCAGAGUCGACAGAACAACUCAGAGACGACAAGUUUGAUCAGGGCAUCCUACGCACCACUCGCGUGACUGUAAAGCAGGAGUAUGUGAGUGAUGCCAAGGGUGCCACCAUGGAUCACGGCGCCCUCUGGCAUGGGGAUAACAGAGUAUAAUAUAUAAUAUUCGUGCUGGCCACGAUGGGGUACGAUUCAUCGGAAAAGGUUAGCCGGCGCCUUACGUUGAAUUUCUUGUAUAUCAGCGCGCGCAUUCAGUUAUGAAAAAAAGCAAACAUUAAUGCAUAUUGGAAUACGGUUCGUCAAAAUUGACCGAGGUCACCUUUGUAUGUAAUUAGCAAGACAGGCCGUGAAGAGUGACCCGGCGUGGAGGUCAUUGAAAAAUAUACUGAAUAAUAUUAUUCCCGCGGA